AUGACAUUUCUUUUGCCGAUAUUUACCGACUUUGAUGAUGCCUUCGGAGCUGGCGAUCCACUCGCCGAACUGUUAAAUCGCCUAACUAUAUACAUCAGCUUCGGUGCCAUACUAACAACAUGGUGGAUUAAUUGGACCAACCGUCAGCGGCUGCAGCAGUUAUUAAAUGAGUUCGCUAGUAUUGAAAUCGAUUAUUUAUAUCGUUAUAAACAUUUUACCGAUGAAUGUGCGACUUUCGAUUAUUAUGUGUUUUGGAAGGUUCUCGCGACCCUUUUACAAAACUUAUCGUUCUUCUAUAGCAUCGGCGUAGCUGAUAAUCCCGGCUGGUUAUUCAUUAUAUUCAUGUGUCUACUGGCCUUGCUUACAAAUAUAAUUUUCCACGUAUCAAGCCACUUCUUUCUGGCCGUUUUGUUUACUUAUCGCUUUAUUUGGGUCUUGAAUCGGCGUUUGGCAAGUAUGGCCGGCAACGAAGUGUCGUCAAGUCGGCUGCGGGUUUUGAGCAUAGAAAUCGAUAACAUUGCUUGCAUCUAUACGCGUUUGAUUCGGCUGUGCGCGCACUAUACACGCAUACAUCAAUACCAAUUGUUGCUUUUGUUCGGCUCGAUGACCCUUUGCAAUAUCGAAGUGCUGUUCUACGUGCGCCUGCUUUGGAGCGGCAAAGUGAGCGAGUUGAAUGCCCGCAAUGUUUUUGCGAUAUUGCAAAUAGUUGUUGUAAAUAUAUUGGACUUUUGGCUGACAAUAACAAUAUGUGAGCAGGCGUUGGUGACGUCGCAGAAAACGGUGGAAAUACUACGUGGCUUCAAUGAGAACCCCAAAUAUUUGUUAGAUGUGGAGCGUAGCGUGAGUGAUCUACUUGUAUUCUGA